AUGUCCUUCUCCAGCCUCGUCCAAGACUUGACCAUGCGCGAAGUUGGCGGUCCCCGUAGGCCGGGGCCUCCGCCGUCCGUCUCGACCGUCGACGACCGUGCUUCGCACAUUUCCCGGGCCAUGUCCUACACCAGCACAGCUGCCACCAGCGUCAGCAUCUCGGGCGACAUUUCCAGCCAACUCCACGGCGGCUACUUUCACCCGCUCGCACGAUCAUGGCAGGCCGAGCGCCAGCUGACCAAGUCCAUGCUCAUCUAUCCCCUCUUCGUCACCGACGGCGACAACGACAUGAUCCUCGUGCCCUCGCUACCCGGCCAGCACCAGCUCUCCGUCAGCAAGCUCGUGCCCUUCCUCGAGCCUCUCGUUCACAAGGGUCUGCGUUCCGUCAUGCUGUUCGGCGUGCCUCUCAAGGCCGGCUCCAAGGACGCGCUCGGCAGCGCCGCCGACGACCCCGAGGGCCCCGUCAUCCAAGCGAUCCGCUUGAUCCGCCGGCGCUUCCCCCAGCUCUUCAUCUGCACCGACGUCUGCCUGUGCGAGUACACGUCGCACGGACACUGCGGCAUCCUGCGCGAUGACGGCAGCCUGAACAACCAGCUGUCGGUCGAUCGCAUCUCCGACGUGGCCAUCUCGUACGCCAAGGCGGGCGCCCACUGCGUGGCGCCCUCGGACAUGAACGACGGACGCAUCCGGGCCAUCAAGCUCAAGCUGAUCGAGGAGGGCAUCGCCCACAAGACGGUGCUCAUGUCCUACUCGGCCAAGUUCUCGGGAUGCCUGUACGGACCCUUUCGGGACGCCGCCGGCUCGGCGCCGGCCUUUGGCGACCGCAAGUGCUACCAGCUGCCGCCCGGCGGUCGCGGCCUCGCCCGGCGAGCCAUCACCCGUGACAUCAACGAGGGGGCCGACAUCAUCAUGGUCAAGCCGGCGAGCCAAUACCUUGACAUCAUCAGCGACGCCAAGGACCUCGGCAAGGACCUGCCCGUGGCCGCCUACCAGGUCAGCGGCGAGUACGCCAUGAUCCACGCCGGCGCCAAGGCCGGCGUCUUUGAUCUCAAGGCCAUGGCCUUUGAGUCGACGGAGGGAAUCCUACGCGCCGGCGCGACGAUUGUCGUCAGCUACUUUACGCCUCAAUUCCUGGACUGGCUGGAGCAUUGA